GAUGAAGAUUCAAUGAGAGUGCUCUCGAACAAUUUUGGUCGCUGUUUAGUUAGGUCAGCUGCGAUUUGAUCGGUCAGUCAAAGACAAAACAGUUUUGGAGGGUAGGAGUAUGAUGGACGAUCUUCACAAUGGUGGUAGAUAGCUGAGCUGUGAAGCAAAGUUUAGCUGUUUGGUGAAAUCAUUCAUCCUGAGUGGAAGAUAUAAUUCCAUUGGAAAUAUGAACAACAGUAAACUCUUUCAAACUGUUUAUAAAACCUGAACCACGCAUACAACCUUUUUCACUCUUUUCUGAAGAACCCUACUGCACCUUUUCUAUAAGAAAAUUUUCCUCCUGGUACCCGAGUUUAGAGAGUAAGUGUAAAACAAAAAAAGGAUGGCUGAAGAGCAGAGUGCUCAGAUUCCGAGAGUGAAGCUUGGGAGUCAGGGAUUUGAGGUUUCAAAACUGGGGUUUGGCUGUAUGGGGCUUUCAGGAAUCUACAAUGAUCCUGUCCCCGAAGAGGUUGUCAUAUCAAUAAUCAAGUAUGCAUUCACUAAAGGAAUCACAUUCUUUGAUACGGCUGACGUGUAUGGAGCAAAUGCUAAUGAAGUUUUGGUGGGAAAGGCAUUGAAGCAGUUGCCUCGAGAAAAGAUUCAGUUGGCCACAAAAUUUGGUAUUGUCGGAAUGAAAUCUAGUGAUGUUAUAGUAAAUGGUACCCCUGAGUAUGUCCGCUCCUGUUGUGAGGGUAGUCUGAAGCGCCUUGGUGUGGAAUACAUUGAUCUCUACUAUCAGCACCGGAUUGACACAUCAGUACCUAUUGAGGACACUAUGGGGGAACUUAAAAAGUUGGUGGAAGAGGGAAAGAUAAAGUAUAUUGGACUCUCUGAAGCUAGCACAGACACAAUAAAGAGGGCACAUGCAGUUUACCCCAUCACUGCUGUUCAAAUGGAGUGGUCUCUUUGGACUCGUGAAAUUGAGGAUGAAAUAAUUCCGCUUUGCAGGGAGCUUGGAAUUGGGAUAGUACCAUACGGUCCUCUUGGUCGUGGAUUUUUUGGCGGCAAGGCGGUCAUUGAAAGUGUGCCUGCAAACAGUUUUCUUAACUCAAACCCUAGAUUUCAAGGAGAGAACUUACACCAAAACAAGAACUUAUAUUCUAGAGUAGAAAAGUUGGCUGAAAAGCAUGGAUGCACACCUGCACAACUUGCACUUGCAUGGAUUAAUCAUCAAGGAGAUGAUGUGGUUCCUAUCCCUGGAACAACGAAGAUUAAAAAUCUUAAUGAUAAUAUUGGUUGCUUGAGAGUGGAGCUCAAGGGAGAAGAUCUGAAGGAGAUUGCAGAUGCAGUUCCCAUAAACGAGGUGGCUGGUGACAGAAUAACUGAUAAUUUCAUUCGCUGCUCAUGGAAAUUUGCAAAUACACCACCUAAACGCAGCAGUGUAGCUUAAGAACAAUUUUAAGUGAUAUAAGGUGUGAGUUUUUUGUGAAAUUCAUGCUGGAAGAUUUGUGUUGCCCAGCUACUAAAGAGCACUCCAGCCUGGGGUUUUGUUAAGAUGACCAAAGAGAAGUAUUGGAUUUGCAAAAUGGUGAUGCAUUUGGACUUUGAACUCUGAAAUAUUCUCAACAUUUCAGCCACUAAUAUUGAAUAAUAUUUUGGUCAAUUUCAUAGAAA